UAAAAGUUUCGGCAAUAAUUCCAGCAACCAAAUAGAUGGGACCCUUAAUUGUAAACCUAAAACUUAAAUUCUCCUGCCGGUGACGUGGUCCCUACACUACAGUCAACACCGGAGUCAGCGCGUGAACUCAAACUCGUCCGGACAAAAAUGUUCGCCAGGAUAGGAAAAAAAAAACAUUUUUUAAAAAACCUCACAGAAGUGAGCUGUGUGGGACCCCCGAAGCCAUGUGCCCUCCUUCCUGUCUCCACCAGCUUCCUGCUACUCUCUAAAAAUCAUUUACCUCCGUCUUCUUCCUCUUCUCCUCCUACUCGAGAGAGAUAUAGAGAAAUCCCCGCUUAACAAAACCCUAAAUUCCGCCGUCGACCCUCCAUGACGAACAACGACGGAGCAGGAACUAAUGGCGUCAUCAUCGAGCAGACGUCGUCAACGGUUAACAAAGGAUCUCUUAACGCCGUGAAGAAACCACCGUCUAAGGAUCGACACAGCAAAGUAGACGGAAGAGGGAGACGGAUUCGUAUGCCAAUCAUAUGCGCAGCUCGAGUUUUUCAAUUGACCAGAGAGUUAGGUCACAAAUCCGACGGCCAAACCAUUGAGUGGCUCCUCCGUCAAGCCGAGCCUUCUAUCAUAGCCGCCACAGGAACUGGCACAACUCCGGCGAGUUUCUCCACCGCUUCACUCUCCACUUCUUCUCCCUUCACUCUCGGAAAACGCGUCGUGAGAGCGGAGGAGGGAGAUUCCGGCGGCGGCGGAGGAGGAGUAGGAGGAGGAUUAUCAGUGGGACACACAAUGGGGGCUUCGUUAAUUGGUGGUGGUGGUUCAGGUGGUGGCUUUUGGGCGGUUCCGGCGAGGCCUGAUUUCGGUCAAGUAUGGAGCUUUGCCGCCGGAGCUCCGCCGGAGAUGUUGUUUACACAGCAGCAACAACCAGCUACACUCUUCGUCCGACACCAGCAACAGCAACAACAACAGCAAGCUUCCGCCGCCGCGGCUGCAAUGGGUGAAGCUUCAGCAGCUAGAGUGGGGAAUUAUCUUCCGGGUCAUCAUCUCAAUUUGCUUGCUUCUCUAUCGGGUGGAGCUACCGGGUCGGGUCGAAGAGAAGAGGAUGACCGUCGUUGAAGAAAAAAGGUGUGUAGCUUUGUGCUUGCUCUCUUUUUGGUAAAAACUUCUAUAGUGUUGUAUAAGCUUGGUGGAAUUGUAAAAUGAUUAUUGCAACGAUUCUGGAAACUUUCAGUCUUUCACCAAACAAAAAAAAAACAAUAAAU